CAAUCAUUGGAUAAAGUCGCGCGUGUCGGCCGUGCAGCCCCCGACAACGUCAAAAAUAAAUCCACCUGGUUGUGAAAAACAGCCCAAAGACUUCACAGCAUAUUCUCCGAUGCAUAAAGUUUCGUUCUUCCUUCCCGUGAAAGUUAUCAAAUACACGAAUUUCGCACUGGAUGGUGGACAAGAUAUUCAAGUGUAACAAAAAGCAAUACCGACUCUUUGAUGUAAUCCUUUCUGAGUCUUUGGGACAAACAUGGGUAGCGCUUAUCUUCUGUUGUAGUCUGAGAAAGGGGACAUAUCACAAGUACCCCCGAGCGAGCUAUUAUGCAUACGCUGUCUCAGCAGGAGCAUACAUCUACUCUGGAUGUGAAACGGUGAGGAUUCCUGUGAAGCUUUGCCAGGCUUGGAGCACCAAAUAUCAAUUUUUUGACCCAUUUCUUGGCUCCCCCCCGGCGGUCGUGUCUGUUCGUGUACUGCUCCGAAUAAUCGAAUGGCCAGUGAGUUUCAAUAUCAUUUUUGGUGGAGAAGCCUGGCGACCCGGUCGGUUUCUUUCCGCGGUCAUGUCAUUUGGUGGAGAAGCUGGGCGACCCGGCUGGUCUCUGUCGGCCGUUGAAGAAAGAGCAUCUUUUCUGCUAAAAACAAAAAAGGAUUAAUUUUGAUGCCGCAUUUGAAAGAAGAUCUUGAAACGGCAAUCUCAUAAGGAAAUUGGACAUUUCUACAUCUGUGAGAGCAACAUACGU